AUGAGUAGCUAUGACGUCGCAAAGGGGAAGCCGGAACAGUUUACUCCUGAGGAGGAGAAAACGUUCUUGGCUGCUGAUAACCUCUUCAGAGGCGCCGUCAUAAGUGCGCUCGAUAAAAAGUAUGUCGACAAUUAUAUUAUUUGCACCACUGCUAAGGAAUUAUGGGAUGCACUUGAGGCCAAGUUUAGGGUUUCUGAUGCUGGUAGCGAGCUGUACCUCAUGGAACAAUUGUUUGAUUACAAGAUGGUUGAUUGCCGUUCUGUGAUUGAACAAGCACAUGAGAUACAGGCACUAGCUAAGGAACUAGAACAAUUCCCUUGUGUGUUGCCUAAAAAGUUUGUGGCCGGCGGUAUAAUCGCUAAGCUGCCACUUUCUUGGAAGAAUUUUGCUACUUCUCUAAAACAUCAGAGGAAAGAGUUUGGUCUUGCUGAACUCAUGGAAACUCUUGAUGUUGAGGAGAAGGCGAGAGCAAAAGAUACAUAUGGGAAAGGCGUUGAGUCUUCUAGUGCCAAUGUGGUGCAGAAGAAAAAGCAAUUCACAUUCCGUAAUAAGAAAAAGAACAAGCAAGAGAACAAGCAAGGAGCAAACCCGAAGCCAAAACAAACUGCAACUUUUAAGAAGAAAAAGGCAGAAGGAGGCUGCUUUACCGGCAACACUGGAGCCUUACUGAUGGGGAACGGCUCUCAUGCGCGUGUUCUUGGUGUUGGUACGGUCAUUCUGAAGUUCACUUCGGGAAAGACGGUGCUGAUGAAGAACGUGCAGCAUGUCGCCUCCAACAAAAAGAAUCUAGUUAGCGGCUCACAGCUUUGUAGAGAUGGCUACAAAAUAGUCUUUGAGGCCAAUAAAGUUAUACUUUCAAAAUUUGGAACUUUUAUUGGUAAAGGCUUUGCUGUUAAUGAAGCUGACAAAUGUGUGUACUAUCGGUUUGGUGGGGUGAAGGUGUGA